AUGAUCACAAUACAACAGUCAUCCUUGCGACGAGGUUGUGUGCCGCGCCAACGGUUUCAUCGGUUCGUGGCUGGUUCGAACCAUUUGGAGAACCCAAACCCCAGCUACACCAUCCACGCCACCGUCUUCCCCGGCUCCAACGCCUCCCAUCUUUUCACCCUUGUCGACGGCUGCUCCAGCGUCUUCCACGUGGCAUCCCCCUGCAUGCUCGAGGACCCCGCGGACCCUCACAGGGAGCUUUUAGAACCCGCGGUGCAGGGCACGCUGAACGUGCUCGAAGCCGCGAGGCGCGUGGGUCUGCGGCGCGUGGUGCUCACUUCAUCGAUCUCCGCGUUGGUGCCGAAUCCGGGGUGGCCGGUGGGAAGGGCAUUGGACGAGGCGUCGUGGAGUUCUGUAGGGGGAGGGGGAAAUGGUACCCAGUGGCGGAGAGGGCGGCGUGGGGGUUCGAGGGCGGGGUUGAGGUGGUGGCGGUUCUGCCCUCGACGUGUCUGGGGCCUCUGCUGCAGCCGGAGCUGA